AUGGACGAUCAACCUCAUCCCAGCAUACAUGUUCUACCAACACCCAUUGAGCCAUCUAUCUCCGAGAAAAAAGUGAGCUCCACUGAAGCCAUGGCGACUGAUGAUUCGACUGCCAACCCUGAGCCCUCAGUUUCGUUGGAUCACGAGGAUAAUGGCGAAGUCACCGUAUUCUACAAACAAAGUGAUGCUAACAGACUGUUCAAGACCAAGGAGCCUUUCAACACUACGGACCAGGCUACGCUUGAUCAGGCGCCUAAUGAGGUGGAUGCCCAGGGUACAUAUAAGCCCUCGUAUGAUGAAAAGCUUCCUGAAGAGAAUGUCCAUCCGGCUGGGGAGGAAAAGCCUGAAGAUGCUGCCUGUGAUACCAAUGAUGACUUUGCUAGAGCCAAUGCUCCCCGAGUUGGCUUCAAACACAACCCGGCGGAGGAAGCAAUCAUGGCAAACGUGGAACUGGAUGUCAGCACGUCGCAGAAAAAGAAGAAGAAGAAACGCCCGAAGAGCAAAAGGGGACUCAACGCGCCCACUGGAUUUGAGCCCUUCUACGCUGAUGCCCCGUUGACUCCGCAAGAGUUUGAGGAGAACAAGUCAAUCUACGAUCCAGCACUGCCAAUUCUUGAUCGAAUCGAUGAAGGUAUCAAACGCUUCCUGUUUAAACGUCGCCUCGAGCCUCACAGACGCAAAGUCUUCCUCAAAUAUCUACAAUACGGCGGUGUCACCGUUGGCCAAAACCCUAACCAGGGCGUGACUCCUCAGGAGUUGAAGGGAAUGGAUAAGGAGGAGGCUAUGCAAGCUCGCAGCAAUACCAUCAUUUACGAGAAGCCAGGAAGGACCUUGCCCAUCUCUUUCAAUGAUGUUGCCACUGGCUAUUUGACUGGCUUCUUCAUGGGCCACUACAAUCCCGACUCAGAGGAAGAAAUCAAGAUCUGCACUGGCACUAUGAAGAACUUCUUUACUUACCUGCUUCACCACAAUGUCUGCCCCGAGCAGACAGAGGAUCUCGAGGAAGCCAGAAGAACUUGCGACAGAUGUGAGAAGGAGCUGUGGAUGACCCAGCAGCUCAUCCACAACGAAGGUCCAGGACAUUUCAACCGUGCUUGCUCUAUGCUAUUUGGCGGCUAUUACUUCGAGGCCAUCGACGACCCCGAAGCAUGGAAGAGGAUCCGCUGGGCCAAUCCGAACAUCUUCACCCGCGAUAUCGCGCGCAAGGUCGUCAAAUACGGCAUUGCGAUUGCCGGCGACGAUCGCAUGACUCGCAAAUUCAAGAUUCUUGUCGAACGGGAUCGCAUCGAAGCCACUCAAAUCCAAGAUAUUGACGGGUUCGAAGUCAUCUCCGUCGAGCAGCCAAGCGAGGAGAUCUAUGGUUACUACAGAGAGCUAGCUCCUGACCUAUUGCCCGUCGGAAAAGUCAAAGCCAAGGAGUUCCGGGACCCCGCCAGAGGCCCGUAUGACCUCACUCCCUGGGAGAAGAUCGACUGGGAUGCGGGCUUUGCGCCAUCCUACAGCUUUGAGUUCUUCGUCGAAGCCAAGUUGAUAGCUCUCAUUUUGCCCGGAAUGAGAUUUAUUACGGCUGUUUACGAGACGUCCUUCGGCAUGCACUUCUACGAUGAGGUCAUGUCUGUGCUGCCUUCUAAUUAUCUGUUCCUUUACAACGACUGGAUGAUGGAGUACAAGGAGCCGAAGCCUGUGGAUUGGAUCGGUGAUGAGCAGGAGAUCGAGCGUCGCAAGGCUGAGGAUAUGGUCAUUCCAGCUCUUGAAUUCUCGGAGGCUGAAUGGGUUCUGCACAUUUUGGCCAACGAGGUGAAAUGGGUCCCGAGAAUGAGCGCUAAUCCUGAGGUUCAUGCCAAACUCAUCAUUGAAGCUCUUGAAAGUGUGGGGUUCUCCAUGAAAGAAAUCAGAGAGAAGUUGGGUAUAGUGAAGCCUCCGAGAUCGAAGAAAAUUGCCAAGCCAUUCGUCAGGGAAGAAACUAUCAAGCAAGAUCCUGUUGAUGGGCCUGUUGAAAAGCCUGCCAAGGAAGAGUCCGAGGUAGCAAUCGGAGCAGAGGUGUCUCGAGUGGCAAUGGUCAGCUGCGGGACUCAGACCUUUAUUGGGUAG